AUGUGCGUCUCAGUGGGUCCGGGAUUCCCCAGCCUGGGCCCUGGGGUUCCCCCGGCGGCCAUGUCUGCGCCGGCCGCGUCGCCCGCCGCCGCCUGCCUCGAUGUGCCGGGGGCGGACGGCGGGGGUGGGGGCGAGCCGCCGCCCCCAGGGCAGACCCCUGAUAAGGCGUCUGGCGCCGGCGUCACCACCGUCACCUCGUUCGUUGGCAGCAGCCGCAGGCACCGCCUCGUCCGGUCGCAGGUGAACAGCUCCGAGUACUUCAGCGUGAGCUUCGAGCUGCCCAGCGGCGCGGACGCGGGCCCGGACGAGUUCGUCGCGGCGUGUCGCGGCGUCACGCUAGCAGAGGCACUGCAGGCGUCGUGCAACCGACGCGGCGUCGACGUCAGCGCAGUGAGCGUCUCGGUGGACGACGCCCGAACGCCACUGACUGCCGACACGGCCACCCUUGCUGGACGUCACAUCAGGGUCAGAGUUCGCGACGCACAGAGUCCCACGAGAAGUUCCAGCAAAGACUCCAGCGCUUCCUCGGCGCCGCUGCUCAAAAGCGUUUCGGAGCAGAGCUACGACCGCGGCUGGUCCUCCGGACGGUCGUUCUUCAGCGUGAGCACCGAUGAAGGCGGCGACCAGGAGGCGGCGCCCAGCCGGGCCGACAGGGGCGCCGCCAGCGUGCGCUCCCAGGGCUCGUCCUCCAAGCAGCGCUGGAGCAGCCUCUUCGGGAACUCCAAGGACACGAAGAUGGAGGCGCUGGUGGAGCAGCUGAAGCAGUACUCGGAGAGUGGCAUUCCCAGGCACGUCCGCGCAGACCCAGAUGAGUACGAGACCCACCGUGAGGAGCUGGAGCAGAUGGGCAAAGGCGACUGGCGGGAGCUGCUGUGCGGGGGCGGCGCCGAGCUGACGGAGCGCCGGCGCCAACAGCAGGCGGCGCUCUGGGAGCUGCUGGCCACCGAGGCCGCCUACGUCCAGGUCGUCCACGUCGUCACCAGGCUGUUCCUGGCGUGCCUGCGCUCCCUGCAGGGCUGCGGCCUGCUGGUCGAGGUGGACGCCGGCCGGCUCUUCUGCAACGUGGAGGCGGUCGCGGCCGCCAGCCUGCAGUUCUGGGUUCGACACCUGGCGCCCGCCGUCGCCAGCGCCCGGCACCGCUCGCUGCCGCUCGACCCGCUGCACCUCAGGGACGGCUUCCUCAGGUUCCACGAGAUCUUCCAGCCGUACACGCGCUACUGUGCGGAGCAGCUCAACUGCCAGGCCUACUGCCGGGAGAUGUGCCGCAAGGACGAGCUGUUCGCCGCCUACCUGGCCUGGUGUGAGGCGCAGCCAGCGUGCGGCCGCCUGAGGUUGGCAGACCUGCUGGUGAAGCCGAUGCAGCGCCUCACCAGAUACUCUCUGCUGCUCAGGGCGGUGCUCCGGCACACCGACGACGAGCACCAUGCCACCGCCCUGGCCCGGAUGAUAACGAGUGUUGACGAGUUCGUCAACAAUGUGAAUUCCUCACUGAAGACGAAACAGGACAACGAGAAGCUGAAGGCCCUCAUAGCGAGGAUCGAGUCCUACGACGUCGUGGAGGCGGUCAAGGACGAAGAGCUGGAGCGGCUGGUGCGCGUCCAUUCGCAGCUGGACCUGACGGGCCCCAUGCCAGGUUGCCACGUCUCACAACCCAGGCAGCUGCUUCUCGAGUCCGACCUGAAGCUGCGCGAGGGCGCUGCCUCCAAGACGGACGUGCGGUGCGUGCUGGUGACGGACGCUCUGCUGGUGUGCAAGCCGGCUGGGAGGCGGCGCGGCUCUGCCUCCAGGGCGGGGGCGACGUUGCGGGUGGUGCGGCCGCCCUACCUGGUGGAGCGGCUGCGGGUGGCAGAGCUCCCCUCCGGCCUGGGCGUCGCCGUCGUCUACCUGAGCGAGUGGCGCACCGCCGUGCACGCCUUCACUCUCUCCAGCAACGACCCCAGGACCGUCCGGGUUUGGGUGGAGGCAGUGCAGCGCGCGCAGGACCUGUACGCGACGGCGCGGAUGGCCUGGUCUCCAGCGCCACAGCUGUCUUCCCCACUCGGGGCGGCGCCGCCCCUGCCUCUUUCCCACAUGGGGGUGGCACAGCAGCAGCAGAUGGGGGCGGCAGAGCCGCAGCCGGAGUGGCCAGGGGCGGCGGCGGCGGCGGCAGCAGCAGGGGCGGCAGCGACAGCCGAGGCGAUGCCGCACAGCCCCCGACUGGAGUCCAGUAGGAGCAGCCGCCUCUCCAGCCUGGCACACUCGCACAGCAGCUCACUGGAGAUGAACGAGGCAUCUUCGCUGAGCAGCGCAUCCCAGUCACAGUCUCGUGAGGCCAGCGUGGACAUCAACCGCGGCUCCAGUGUCAGCUCUGACGAGGGUCUGCUGAUGCCCCAUUCCACGACAGCCACUGGAGACUCCAGGCAGGCCACCUCACCCAGGACUGACAGGAGGUCGCGCCUGCUGUCGCCGACUCCCAGCUCGCUGUGCCUGCUGCAGCCGCCCAGCUUCCAGUCGGGGCUGGGCCAGUCGCUGCCCAACCUGACCCUGAGCUCCAGCCGGGGCACGGACACGGUGCUGGCCUCGCGCAGCGUCACGCCCACGCCCAGGUCGUCGCCGGCCGCAGCCGGACCUGCCACCACCGGCGGCUCCCCAGUUCUGGGCCAGAGCCCACCUGCCUCGCUGCUCCUGGUGCCCGGACAGGGCCACGGCGCCAUCCGGAAGCAGCGGCACGCCCAGCCACAACACCUGCUCAGCCCCGGACACAGAGGUGUGUCUUAUCCACCUCCCAGUCCGUGCCGAGGGUCCCUGCAGCGCGCGACGCCGGUGCCACAGUCUCGGAACCCUCCACUGGUGAAGACUGGUCACGUGGCCAGCGUGGGCAGUAUAGGGCUCCAGCACACGCCACCACCACCACAGCGGUUCUCUGAUCUCGAAGUGCCACUUAUAGCAGGUGUUUCACCACCAAGUGACGAGAAGCCGUCACCGGGGGACUACCCUGCUGAAGAUGGCAGAGGACCGUCUCAACAGCUACUCCAGUCUCCAGGCGCUGGUCCCGUCGAUGUCGGUGUCACUGGCGCCGCUGAUGGCGGCAACGGCAAUGGCAAGAGAGCCGGUCGCACCGACAACCGGAGGUACAAGACUGCCGGGGCCAUAGACGACAUCAAGAAACAGGAGUCGCGCGACUGCAGCAUCCACAAGCGGCUGUCCUGGAACUGUGGUCGCCAGCAGCAGCAGCCGGGGGCGGCGGGGGCGGCGGCGGCCGUGGGGGCGGGCAGCGGGGGCGGCAGCCAGGAGAGCGUGCGCUCGUCCAGCGGCGUCAGCUCCGGGGGCAGCGCCGGCUGCCUACUGCCGCAAGGUGCAGAGCCGGUGCAGGAGGUGGUGUACGAGUGGCGGCGUGCGCCUUCGUGCCCAUCUCAGCCACAGCCCCAGGGGCAGCGCCAGCUAUAUGUGGGGACAGGGGGCUACUACCCCCAAGGGGGGACGCCUCCCCUCUCUCCCCGGGCUGUGCCCCUCGAGGCAGUCAACGUCGAGAUGGUGCACCCCGCAAGGACUCCUGAGUCCAGCCAAGGUGCGAGUGGGACUCCGACACCGAGGGCAGCCACGCCAUCGCCGACGCCACUGGAGCACCAGCACCACCACCACCACCGCCACCAGCACCACCAGAGGAGGCCACCCGGUGGGCUGCAGAGGAUGAAGGACGCCAUCGUCAUGGAUUCCCCCAUUGAUGGCUCGAAUGUCUGAUGACCAAUCUGGAAAUAUCUCUACAGUAUUUUAUUGGACUGCAAGAUCAGCAGAGUGAGGAAAGUUUGGAAAGAUUGUGACAUUGCAUCAAGGAUGGUCACCGUGGCAGCAAUACAUGGUGACAUGGUGUCUGUCUUUUUACAAAGUGUACUCAUUUUUAUUCUUUAGAAAUGUAAUGUAAGACAGGUGCUUUCUAGCUGGAAAAAAGAAAUGUUUCUGCUCAGGAUUCACUUUCUGAUGUCCUCUGAUUAGUGUAGAACCUUGCACCUAAUACUGUAUAAACAUUUCUGAUAGUGCAUCGGUAACUUACUGUGUGCACACAUUCUGUGAAUUAGUGACUGAUACGAGGAAAACAGGAUUGGUUCUAAGAACACACAGUAUAUUAAGUUCUUCCUGAUGCUGUGAUUUUGAGUUCUACUUGGCUUUAACACUAUCAGCUUUAAAUGAGUACUUGAAAUAUGUACAAUAAUGUCACUGCAAAUGAAAAAUUAUGAGGAGUAGUAGGCCAGAAGGAGUUCCCUAAGGCCUGUUGCUGUAUUUCUGUAUUAGGUGGUUCAUAGUAUUUUUAUCUUUUAUAUUGCUCUUUACAUAUGCUGUUGUGCACUGUCAGACGUUUUUUUAUUAGUUUUUGGCUAUGAAAUGGGUGCCAUAUAUGGCAUACUUUGUCCUAUACCAAAAGACAAGAAUGUUUUAGCUGCAGCUUGCAGUAUGUAGAAAAUGUUUGUGAUGAGUAGGAUGAUAUAUUAAUUCUGAAAUGAACUGUAGUGUACAAAGAGAAACCUAACCUGAUAUUCAAUGCAGUAUGAAAACCCUAUCCAUCUAUUUUGGAAAUGAACUACCACAAGCUAUUUAACUAUACAUGUUCAUUUCAUGUGUCACUGUACUUAAUUAUGGGGACCAUAACAUUGAAAAACUUUUUGGGAUACAAAAGAGGUAGUGUGGUGCCCUCAAAUAGUCUUUUUUUCUAAUACAACGAGAAACGUAUGGAGCAAAUUAAUAUAAUGUCUGUACACUAUGUGUCUGUAUAAACGCCUAAGCGCAUAUGUUGUCGCAAGAUGACGACUUCUUCUGAACGUUUGGCCUUAUAAUCUUGGACCAAGAUACCAGAUCAUUAUUGCAAAUAUUUACAAACAGUAUUUUAAAUUGUAUGUGUACUCUAGCAGUAUUAUGUGCACAAAUUAGUUAUUUACAACUAAAUGUUUACUCUUGUAGGGAAACAUAGAUAACUGUUAAAAAUUGUUAAAGUUCUUCUCUUGUUAUUACAUUUGUGUAUAAAGACUUUUCAGUCACUCUACCCUUGCUUGUGAAUUUGCAAGACUUGGUAGUUUUAUGGUGAACAACAGUUUACAUACUUAAACAUCAUUGAACUGUAAGUUUGUACUAAUUUCGCACUGGGAAAAUUCUAUUUUUCCAUUUCCUUCUUAAUAGUGGUAUUCUUUUGAUGGAGGGCACUGAAUUUAUUUCUCUCCAUGAGGAGUAACAGCCAGAAAAAUGCAGUCAGAAAGUUGUAUGUUUUAAAUAUUUACAUGUCUAGAAGUAGAGUGUUUUAGUAAAAAAUUUGGUAUGUGAGCCAUUUUGGCAAAUAAGCUGAGAUUGCAUUAGUUCACUGAUAUAGUAUUGUAAAAAAGUUUUAGUCAUUGCAAUUUUUUAUUUUAAUUUAAGGGUCUAAAUGUAAGUUCAGACCUAUUUUGUUAGUAAAUCAAAAUAUCAGGACCCACAGAGUUCAUUUAGGUAACAAUGCAAGGUACUGCAAUCAAUCAGCUUUUACCAAAUGGAACAUCUAGUGCAAUGAAAUGUCUAGUCCAAUUAAAUCAUGAACACAUAAUAAAUGUCAGUAAGUCUUCUUAUCCACAUAAUGUAAAAACCCUGAAUGUUCUGUAUAUUUUGUUAUUGUAGGUUUUACCUUAAAUUUAAUGAGCAGAUCUAGUGUAUAUUACAAGGAAUUAUAUGAUAAAUAUUGUUUUGUAAGUCAAACUUUGUGGACUCAAAUGUUUGGAUUAAGUAGAUUUUGAUGACCGAUAAGAUGUAGUGACAAAAACCAAAAAUAUUAUGUCAAAUACUAAAUUUUAUUUUAGCAAUAUUUUAUAUACAAUGAAAAAAAUAUAAUCUCAUUUUUAAUUAUACUUUAUUUUCACAUAUUUUGACAUUGCUUAUGUGACGGCAACCACUUAAUAAUUAAAGAAGCAUAUGGCAUCUGUUAUAGACUUCAUGCAACCGUUUAUUUGUAGAAAUUCACCAUGAUACUGUCAAAUGGAUUUCACAUUUCCAGUUUCAAUUGUAAAAUAUUAACUGCAUGUAUCCUCUUUUUCUGUGCACUGUAUUGAUUCGAUAUUUCAUAUUACUCUAGUGUAGUUGCUUUAGCUAACCAUUUGAUAUAUCAUGUAAUGUUUCUCAGUUGUGCUGCAAGAUAAGUCAUUAUUGUUAUAAUAACGGAGAAACUGAUUGCAUUUGAGGAGCUAUUAUGAAGAACUAAAUGCAAUAUUUUUACCUGAAAAUAUAAAACCAAGCCCCGGGAAUGUUUUGUGACAAAUGUAUGCAAAAUAUGGAUAUAAGUUGUGGUAUGUUUCUGUCAGUUGUAAGCAAAAUCAAAGAUAUAGACUGUACAAAUAUGAUGAAAUAGGUAUUCCUACAUUUUUAUAUUGUUGAUUUCAAUAAGACCAAACUUUUUUUUCUCUUCAGACAUGACCCUCCUGUCCACGCAGAAAUUUUGUUUCAUAUACAACAUGUGCACAAUACAAGCAUGUAGCCAAUUCUCAUUGUUCAGAGUAGAGUGUCCAUUUACAGCCACUAGAACAUAAAGAACUGCAGAAUUCAUGUUGUUGCUAAUGAGGACAUAUCCCUAUUCCAAAAUAGGAACACUAAUAGCUCUUAUGUCCCAUGUGAUUAAAUUAGGAGUUGAGAUCAAUAAGACAGGUGCACAUAUCCCCUAUCUGCUUCAGUCAAGGUGUCCACAACCAUUACCCUUCUCAUGCUUUCAUCUUUGGUGUUUCAGUAUGAAGCGAAUACAGAGUUUUGAAUGGCAUCUGUUACAGUUCUGGCUUCCUCUUAGGGGGCUGAUGAUGGUGUACUUCUGACAGUUAUUUUGUCGGAAGAGAGACUUGAUGUACUGCUGGCAUUGCAUGAUUUUUUUGUGAUGCUGCUGCACAUCUCAUGCGCGUUUUUGCAUCCCUGAGACACUGACAUUAUUAACACUAUUUUGUUGUUCACAGUGUUCACCAAGCUUCUUUCCCCAUUGCAUACUUCCAUUUUCUUGUUUAAAAAUCAAACAUCAAGAUAAAAAGUUUACUGAUUGCCAUGUAAGGAAACAAAAAUGCACCUGCAUGAACCUCUGAAAUUUUUCUAAUUAUUCCUGGUAUCCAAGUUAGCCCCAUAAUAACAAAUAGUUUUACUUGAUAUAAAUAAAAC